GUGAAAGAUGCUCUAGUAGAACUUGAACACAAAAGAAAGUGAAGGAAGAUGAAGAAGAAGAAGGUUCACCAUAGCGACGAUGAAGAGGACGACACUUUCUACUAUCGCUACUCUUCCGUCGCGGCACCACCUCCGUCGAACCCUAAACAACCUUCUUCAUCCGCCAAAUCAUCAGCUCCUGGCGGAUCUGGCGGCUUAGCUCCUUCGAAAUCAACCCUCUACGUCUCCAAUCUCGACUUCUCCCUCACCAAUUCCGACAUCCACACUCUCUUCUCCACCUUCGGCAAGGUCGCUCGUGUCACUGUUCUCAAGGAUCGCCACACUCGCCGCUCACGUGGCGUCGCGUUCGUGCUCUAUGUCUCUCGUGAAGACGCGGCUAAAGCGUCGGGUUCCAUGGACGGAAAGAUUCUUAACGGUCGGAAGUUGACGGUUUCGAUCGCCGCAGAUAACGGACGUGCGUCGGAGUUUAUUAAGAAGAGAGUGUACAAGGAUAAGUCGAGGUGUUACGAGUGUGGAGACGAAGGGCAUCUUUCCUAUGAGUGCCCUAGAAAUCAAUUGGGUCCAAGGGAGAGACCACCGCCGCCUAAGAAAAGGGGCCGGCGGAAGGAGGACGGCGGAGAGGCUGAGGAAACUAGGGAGUGGUCUGCGGCGCCGCCCUCGUUAGCUGUGGCGGAGGAGACAUUUGAGGAGGAGAAUUGGGCUUCGGUGGUGGAUAACGAAGCUGGAGAGAGGUUGAGAAUGAGAGAAGCAGAGGAAGAAGAAGAGAGGAGGAAGAAGCGAAAGGAGAAGAAAGUUAGUUACUUUAGUGAUGAGAGUGAUGAUGAAGAUUAGAGUUAUUAGGUCCGUUUUCUAAUCUGUGAAUACUGAAUAUAGAGUGAGAUUGAUCAAAAAAACUCAGGAGCAUGCAAUUACGCUGUGUGUUUCAGAUUCUGGAUUUGAGUUGAUCUGAGGUUUUGUCUUCAUAGGAGAUCAUGUUCGAUGUGUCUGGUUCUUUAGUCUUAAGUGAUCUAGUGUCAACGAAGAUACUAUGUUGUUCAUCAAUGUAUUUUAGCUCCUGAUUGAAGAGUACACUCUUAAACAAUCCAUUGUGUCUCUGCAACUUAUUGAGUUAUAUAUACUGAAAUCAUUUUCCAUGUA